AUGGAAGGAAGACCAGUUGCUACACAGGUUGUAGGCUCUCGUGAUGAGUGUUUUUAUACUGUUUAUUUUGUAGAUGUAUGGGAUAUUGAUAAGAAAGUGAAGGCCAAGGCCGGUAAAUUUAAUGCUCUGGUGUUUAGAGUUGAGACUGUUCGACGCUUAAGUGGCAAACCUGUAACGACCUACAUCAAAUGCAAAUAUGGCAAGACAGCACUGGACAGUUUUAGGAGGACCGAAAAGCUCUCCUACCGUUCCAAGAAACUGCAAAAAGACGUCAAGUUCCUGAAUUUAUGUAAAAUUUAUGAUGUUAUUCCCAGAUUCCUUAAUUUUCGAGUUCAUAACCCUGUAUUUGAGAGUACCCUAACAUAUCGCUCCUGGUGUUUUAUACUCCUAGACAGAGAAAUCCUCAGUCAAAAGAAAAAAGAAUCUGUAAUCAUUGAAAAACUCAAUAAGGCAUUAACAUUAUUGAAUUCUAAACUAUCUCCCUUAGACUAUAUCUGUAUCAAGAGACUCAUCAAUAAGAAUGUCCAUAAAAAACUACUUGAAGUUGACAAAAUUCACAGUAACAAACUUUUGAAACUAGGAAUUGAUAAUGAGAAAAAAGUGGAAAAAAGCAAAGUCAUCUUUAAUUUUUCUGAGAAAAUCUUAACCGAAGAACAGAAAGAUAUUCUCUCUCAUGGCCUGGAUUACUGUAUGCCUCCAACCAAAUUUUCUUUUCACAAAUUUUACCUCUAUUUUGAAAAGCUUUGUAACAAUCUAAAGAACUAUGAUAUUUAUAAUAACUCAUUUCAUAAUGUCACCAAUAAUAUUUCAACUAUAGCCAACAACACCUUCAAGAAAUUCUCUCGUCUGGCUAAUCAAACAAGUGAUGCAGAACGUUUCACGUCACCUCUACAAUCACUUAAGAAUGACGAGUCCAUAAUAAUCACCAAACCAGACAAAGGUCGGGGAGUAGUCAUUUUAAACAAAGACGACUAUCAUCAGAAAGUACUUAAUAUUCUUAGUGACCAUACUAAAUUCAAGAGAAUCACUACUGAAAUGUCCACUCACUUGUUAUACCUUGAAGAUAAGUUAAAAAGACUACUCCAGACCAUUAAAUCAUCCAUUGAUGCAAGCACCUAUAAUUUCCUGUCAACCUCGGGUUCCAAACCCGGAUUGUUAUAUGGUCUCCCCAAAGUACACAAACCAAAUAUUCCUUUAAGACCCAUUAUUUCCUCGAUUGGCACUUUUAACUAUAACACUGCUAAGUUUCUGGUUCCAAUUAUUUCUCCGUUAACUACGAAUCAGUACACAAUUGAAAAUUCCACAGUUUUUGCAAAUGAAAUCACUUCACUAAACCCUGAACAACCAUCACCAUG